UUAAAAACAGUAUUUUACAAGAGACCGUGAAUACAAACGUGAUAGCCUCAUGCUCGCAGCUCGACAAACGACAGCGGCCUAGCCCCGCCUCCCCGUUAUCCGACCUAUCCCCAGCGUCGUUGGGUCAUCUCCGGCAGCUCCCCCGCUAACACCUCCAUGGCGUCGAAGCAGGCGGCGGCUGGCGAAGCCCUUGCGGCCCAAAUCAACGGCAUGUCCCGCCCUGAGAUGUACGACAUGAUGUCCAAGAUGAAGACCAUGAUCGACCACGACCAGGAGACGGUGCGCCGCAUGCUCGUCGACAACCCGGACGUCACCCGUGCGCUCUUUCGGGCACAAGUGGUCCUUGGAAUGGUGAAAACACCCAAAACUACACAAGCUUUGGACAUGGUCCAACCCACAGCAGUGCCAACAGCACCUUCCUCAGUCAAAACUACUGCACCAGAUCAUGUCAGCUUGCCCCCGCCCCCAUUACCUGCUAACCAGCAGAGUGUUGCUCAACUUUCUGCCCCGUUUUCAUCUGGCUUGUCUAAUGUGGGAUCGACCAUGGACCCUCCUACUAUUUCAGCAAAUCCACCACAAUCAGCACAAGCAAAAGGAUACCUUAUCCAUCAGAUGCCUUCAUCAGCUCCUCAGCCAUCUCAACAUCCAAAUAUGGCCCUACCUCAUGCUCCUCCACAGUAUUCCAAUGUUCCAUCACAUAUACCUAUAGUUCAUAGUCAGCCACAGCAACCUUUGCAAAGUCCUGCAAUAUAUAAUCAACAGUUGCAACCACCUUUGCCCCAAUUGUCAAGGCCGCCUUUUCCUCAUCAGAUGCAUUCACAAGUACCAAAUUCAUUUGGGUUGACUCAUGCAAAUGCUCCGCAGCACAUGUUACAACAACCAAUGUUUCAUCCGGUUGCGAAUCCUCAAACUAAUUUCCUCCCUGGCCAACCACCAUUGCCUAGCCAGCCACCACCACAGCAGCUGUACCAGGCUAGUUCACACUACAAUACACAAAAUACGACUCCAAUGCAAGUUGAUAGGGGCGCUCCCUGGGGGCGGGCCCCUGAUGCUCCCACUCCUGGCUCUCAUUUCCCUGGACAAUUACCCGGGUUGCCCGGACAAAUGACCCAAGGAAUUGGUGGUAUCCAGGCAGGCCAAGCACCACUGACACCUGAGAUGGAAAAGAUGCUAGUCCAACAAGUCCUGGGCAUGUCCGCUGAGCAGAUUAACAUGUUGCCUCCAGAACAACGGCAACAGGUUCUUCAACUACGAGACAUGCUACGGCAAUGAUAGAUCGUCAGUUGACUGGGUGGAGAAGUUUCAGUUCACUGCAGCAGGGAUCCCGAGUGUGGGUGCCUGUUCGUUUUAGCCUUUUGUAUCACCUGAUUGACAUCCCGACUAGUCUGCAGCCUACCUUGGAUAUGCGAUUGUAGAAUGGUAGUCGUUGUCGUCAUUUAUAGAAAUGCUUGGGCAAUAUGUUUUCCGAAGGACUCACAAAUGAACUGCAUGUUUUGGUCCAGUUCAGCCGCUUCAAUUUCAAGUCGUGUUAAACAUUUA